ACGCACUUCGGCACCGCAGCCAAUCGAGAAGCGCGGAGCAAGUUCAAAUAAAGACGGCGGGUGAACAUGGCGUCUUUUCCUGGGUCUGGGUGGUGAUCAGUCUCUGUUCUGCUCCGAAGAUGUGGCGGGUGAAAAAACUGGACCUCAGUGCGUCGGCUUCGCCGCAGCCGGGAAAACCAGCUAUGAGAACUCCCCUUCGAGAGCUUAAUCUGGAGCCUGGUGCCCUCACCAGCUCUGGUAAAGGGCCCCCUGUGCACUCCUCACUCACCCCAUCACUGCGCAAGCUGACGCUGCAGAAAAGCAGCAACAACUCAUCUCCAUUGGAUUUUAUCAGUACCAAGAGAACAGACUCCCCUUCAGAACUAUUCAGCUCUCCCUCAAAGUGGCUGGAAGCUUGUCAGCAUGAAUCAGAUGAGCAGCUCCAAGCUCAGUUGCCCAAAACCAACUCUACUCCCAAAACAUCUGAGGAAGCAGUAGACCUGCUGAACAACUAUCUGGUUAAAACCAUGGUCCUUGUACCCUCUCCAGUGGGGCAGCAGCAAGACAUUACACUUGAAGAAGCCCCUUUAGAUGCCAUGGAGGAGACAAACAGCAUCUGUCUAGGUGAGCCUUCGAGGCCAGGAGAUCUGGUGAAAGAGGGGGUGGCACCCUGCACAGAAGAUAGCUUUUCAGAAGUUGUUGCUACUGUGCCUGAAAAACCUUCAUUUCAGUAUUCUCCGUGCAGUCUUUUGAAGUCUCCACCAAAUCCCUGUCCUGUGCAGCAACUGUACGGUCCCAAGGAAAGCCUGAGAGACAGUGGCACUGAGGCUGUGCCUGAGAACUUAGUUCCUUCUGAAAGUAAUACCCCCUUGCCCUCCUUCACGCUCUGGCUUUCUCCUUCAACUGAUUUGGAAGCAGAUUUCCCUGUCAAUCAUGUGGACCCAGGGGAAGAAACUGGAGAGCACAGAGCUAUAGAGGAAGGAGAAAUGAGCUUUCCAACUCUCCCUGAGGAGGUUGAAUUGGAAGAUCAAGUGCUUGUCUCAGCUAUGGAAGAUAUUCUGUCCCCAUGCCUGAUACCAAAUCCAGUAGAAAUGGAAUCCCAGGCAGCUCCAGGCCCAGCAGUAGAAGAUGCUGGUAUGAUUCUCGUGUCUGACACAGGGCCCUGGAUGUCCCCACUGGCUUGGUUGGAAAAAGGUGUAAAUACCUCAGUCAUGCUGGAAAAUCUCCGCCAGAGCUUAUCACUCCCUUCUGUGCUUAGAGAUGCUGCGAUUGGCACUUCCCCCUUCUCUGCUUGCUCGGUGGGAACUUGGUUUACUCCCCCAGCGGUACAGGAAAAGAGUACAAACACAUCCCAGAAAGGCCUGGUGGGCUCUAAGGACAGUACUUCUGAGACAGAGCACCUCCUGUGGGGCCGUCCUCCAGAUCUGACUGCUUUGUCUCGACAUGACCUGGAAGAGAACCUGCUGAGCUCUCUUGUCAUUUUGGAGAUUCUCUCUCGCCAGCUGCAGGAAUGGAAGAGUCAGCUGGCUGUCCCUCACCCAGGAGCUCAGGACAGCAGCACACAGACUAACGACUCCCCUAGUGGGAUAACUAAGAAACCUCAGCAACUUCAGAACUGCCAAGAGAUUGGACGGGCUCUGCAGCAGGCCAGGAAUGUCAUGCAAUCAUGGGUGUUGGUCUCUAAAGAUGUGACCUCCUUGCUCCACCUGUCCAUGUUGCACUUAGAAGAAGAUAAAACUACUGUAAGUCAGGAGUCUCAGCGUGUAGAAGCCUUGGUCUCCUGCUGUUGUGAUGUGUUGAAGAAAUCGAAGGCAAAGGUCCAGAGCCUCAAAGCAGAGAGGGAGGAGGCAAGGCAAAAAGAGGAAAUGGCCCUCAGAGGCAAGGAUGCGACAGAGACUGUGUUAGAGGCUUUCUGUGCACAUGCCAGCCAGCGAAUCAGCCAGCUGGAACAGGACCUGGCAUCCAUGCGGGAGUUCAGAGUUCUGCUGAAUGAGGCCCAGGCCCAGCUGGUACGGCUUCAUGCAGAGCAAGAAGAGCUGGCUCAGCAGACAGUGAGUCUUACCUCUACUUUGCAACAGGACUGGAUAUCCAUGCAGCUAGAUUAUGUAACAUGGACAGCUUUGCUGAGUCAGUCUCGACAACUCAUGGAGAAACUUGCAGCCAAGAGCAAGGAGGCCCUGCAGGAACGUGAUGCUGCAAUUGAGGAAAAGCAGAAGGUUUCCAGGGAGCUGGAACAAGUCUCUACUCAUUUAGAGGACUGUAAAGGCCAAAUAGAACAACUGGAGUUGGAAAACAUCUGUCUAGCAGCAGGAACUUUUGGCCUAGAUCUCCAGGCUCAGGUGCAGAUUCUGGCUAGCAAGGAGAGCCAGCUAAAAGAGCUACAGGGUCAGCAUGCCCACUGUACCCAGGACCUGGCCACGAAGGAUGACUUGCUCUGCCAGCUCACCCAGAGCAGCGAGGAGCAGGCUGCUCGAUGGGAAAAAGAAGAGAUGGCACUAAAACAAACACAGGCAGAGCUGCAGCAGCAACAGGCUGUCCUGAGCAAGGAGGUCCAGGACCUGAAGGAGACCCUGGAGUUUGCAGACCAAGAGAAUCAGGUUGCUCACCUGGAGCUGGGCCAGGUUGAGAGUCAGUUGAAAACCACACUGGAAGUGCUCCGGGAGCGCAGCCUACAGUGUGAGGACCUCAAGGACACUGUUGAGAACCUGAAGGCUAAACUGGCUAGCAUUGUAGCAGAGAGCCAGAGGCGAGACCUGGAGAAGACACGCCAGUAUUCCCACGAGCUAGGGGUGCUGACUGAGCAACUACAGAGCCUGGCCCUCUUCCUACAGAAAAAGCUAAAGGAGAAGGCUGAACCAGAACCCCUGCCGAUGAACAUAGCUUGUGCUCCUGCCCAGGAACACCCUCCGCCCAGUAACACCACCUUCUUGGGAAGCGUCUUGACACCAAUGGCAGAUGAAGAGCCAGAGGCAGCUCCUGUGCCCUUGCUUGGAAGUGACAAGAGUGCUUUCACCCGAGUAGUAUCCAUGGUUUCCCUUCAGCCUACAGAGACCCCACAUGUGGAGAAGAGCCUGGCAGAAAUGCGUACUAUGACUCUUGAGCUUGAGAGCCUGUGUUCCCUGCUGCAAGAGUCUAAAGAAGAAGCCGUUAGGACUCUGCAUCAAAAAAUUUGUGAUCUGCAGGACAGGCUGCAGGCCCAGGAAGAUCAGCAUCAGGAAGCCCAGAAGGCAAAGGAAGCAGACAUAGAAAAGCUGAACCAGGCCUUGUGUUUGCGCUACAAGAAUGAAAAGGAGCUCCAGGAAGUGAUACAGCAGCAAAACGAGAAGAUCCUAGAACAGAUAGACAAGAGUGGCGAGCUCAUAAGCCUUCGAGAGGAGGUGGCCCAGCUUACCCGCUCACUUCGGCGUGCAGAGACAGAGACUAAGGUGCUCCAGGAGACCCUGGCGGGCCAGCUGGACCCUGACUGUCAGCACAUGGCCACGGACUGGAUCCAAGAGAAAGUGUGGCUUACCCAGGAGGUGGACAAGCUGAGGGUGAUGUUCCUGGAGAUGAAAGAUGAGAAAGCCAAACUCAGGGUCAAGUUCCAGAGCCAUAGAAACAUCCUGGAGGAGAACCUUCGACGCUCUGACAAGGAGUUAAAGAAAUUAGAUGACAUUGUACAGCAUAUUUAUGAGACUCUGCGGUCCAUCCCAGAGGUGGUGAGGGGUUGCAAGGAGCUCCAGGAAUUGCUGGAAUUUCUAAGCUGAGUAACAGAAAGCUGGAACCUGCUUCACCCCCUUUUACCUGCAGCACCCCCUUUCCCCAACACCAGGACCAGUGGGCAUAGAGCCACCUGUGUUUAGAAACUAUUUAAAUAAAGUGUAAAUGUAUUUCUUUAAGCUCACUAAAUGAUUUCUUGGGCAGUGGGGGGAAUGAGGUCAGGAGAGGGGCAGCUGCCCCUCCUGCCAGGGCACCCUCCAUGCAUCCUCUCUACCACC